AUGGCUUCAUAUUCGCAAUUUUUAACGAAGGAGCAAGAAGAUGAGUUACGUCGUAUUGCAAAUGCUAUUGUUGCACCCGGCAAAGGUAUACUCGCUGCCGACGAAAGCAUUGGCAGCAUGGAUAAGAAGUUGAAGCCAAUAGGAAUGGAAAAUGUUGAGGAAAAUCGACGACUUUAUCGCCAAAUUUUUUUUACAUCUUCGGAUGAAGUGGCGAAGCAUAUUUCUGGAGUUAUUAUGUUCCACGAAACGUUCUAUCAAAAAACUGAUGAUGGGACACCUUUCGUUGAAGUUCUUAAAAAAAAGGGCAUUAUCCCUGGAAUCAAGGUUGACAAAGGAAUCGUACCAAUGGCAGGAACUGUUGGUGAAGGAACAACUCAAGGAUUAGAUGAUUUAAACGCUCGCUGUGCUCAAUAUAAAAAGGAUGGUGCCCAAUUUGCAAAAUGGCGCUGUGUUCAUAAAAUCGGACCGACGACACCAAGUCAUACUGCGUUACAAGAAGUUGCCCAAGUAACUCAAGUUCUUCCAGACGGUGAUCAUGAUAUUCAUCGUUGCCAAAAAGUUACUGAAGUUGUGCUGGCAUAUACCUACAAAGCACUAAGUGAUCAUCAUGUAUUCCUCGAAGGCACACUUCUGAAACCGAAUAUGGUGACACCAGGCAUGCAAUACACUGGACCGAAAUGUUCCCAUGAAGAUAUCGGUCGAGCAACUGUUAUUGCUCUUCAACGCACAGUGCCAGUCGCUGUACCUGGAAUCGUAUUUUUGUCUGGAGGUCAAUCAGAAGAGGAUGCUACAUUAAAUUUGAAUGCCAUCAACCAAUUUCCGGGUAAGAAACCAUGGGCCUUGACAUUCAGCUAUGGCCGUGCACUGCAAGCGUCCGUACUAGCAACAUGGAAGGGUAAUCCGGAAAAUAUUGAAGCUGCUAAAGCCGUUUUCUUGAAACGAGCGCAAGCAAAUUCGCUCGCAGCCAUUGGUAGAUACACCGGCAGUGGUACCGAUGCGGCUGCAAGCCAGAGUUUAUAUGUUGCAAACCAUGCUUAUUAG